AUGGGUGACUGGAAGGGCUACAUCAGUGCGGUGCUGCGGGACCAGCGCAUCGACGACGUGGCCAUUGUAGGCCACUCGGACAAUCGCUGUGUCUGGGCAUCGCGGCCAGGGGGCCUGCUGGCGGCCAUCUCACCGCAGGAGGUGGGCGUGCUCACUGGGCCAGACAGGAACACCUUCCUAAAGACCGGCCUGAGCGUUGGGGGCCGCCGCUGCUGUGUCAUCCGCGAUCACUUGCUGGCGGAGGAUGAUGGCGUGCUGGAUGCGCGCACCAAGUGCCGGGAUGGGCGCGCCGUCUGCGUGGGCCACACACCACGCGCGCUCCUCGUGCUCAUGGGCCGGCGCGGUGUGCACGGGGGCAUCCUCAACAAGACCGUGCACGAGCUGAUCCGGGGGAUGCGAACGCAGGGCACGUAG